CGGGUUUACCGCGUUGCUACAACUAAAAAGUGCCCCCUUCGCGCAGUCGUGGCGUCCCUGGCAUCCGAGCACAGCAAACGUCAGUUUGUUUAACAAUCGCGGGGUAUAAAUGCUCAAAUUAGCGGGGCGGCUGCAGGAGGAAGCGGCGCUGAGCCUCGGCCGGAGGCGGUGGCACCAGCAGCCGCGGCGAACCCCUCGCUGACCUCUCCCUGGUUAGUGCCCUGGGGCUGCUGAUGUAGAGUACCCAGGGGGAGGAUCCAUCUAUGCUGUUAGUCCCCUAGGAAAAGAAACAACAGCUUCCCCUUCCCCUCGCUAACCCAGCCCCAGCCUCGGUCAACCUCGGCUCUCCGUCGGUGCGUGACCAUGGCCGACAGCUUGCGGAGAUUAAUCAACAACGAGAGCUGCAGGAUUUUGCAGGAGAAGCUGGAGAACUGGUAUAAAGAUUACCACAUUAACUCAUGUGAUCAGAAUCUGAACAGAUGUUGUGAAAUCAUAGAAAUGAACUCCAUGAUUCAGGGGCAACUCUUCACAAUCCUCAAUCAAACAGCUCGAGAAGGUGGCCAUUAUGCAGGUGUAGAGACAAUAAAAUCUCGUCUCCUGCCAUGGCUGGGGACUUGUUUUUCCAGUACUACUUCAGGAAGGCCCUUUGAAACCAGUCUUUCUCUCAUUCAGGAGUCAAUUGAGAAAGAAAGACAGCUGAGGGAAUUUGCCAGCACUCGGAAACACGAAAUACAACAGUUGGAGAAAGAACUGAACUCAACUCAUUUACAACUCAACUUAGUGCAACAAGAUCUGGCAGAAGCCCAGAUGGCUCUUGAAGAGACAAAGACCAAAUCAGCCACUACCCUUUUGGCCGCAGAGGAUGAAAUUGUUCAUCUAAAAGCAGCUCUGAAGGCUUCCCAAGCACAGGAGGAGAGCGCUCUGAGGAAUCUGGAUCGUCUGAAUGAUUAUGAGCAACAGGUUCAAAUACUAAAGGAUGAGAUUACCAUCCUGGGUGCCCAAAAAUCUGUUCUUCACAGCAGACUUGCACGGAGUCGCUCUCCUUCUCCAAGGCCCUGCCGAAGUAGAUCACCUAGUCCUCUACCACUCAGGAGCUGCUCACCUGGCCGAGCCAGGCUUACAAAUGCUGCACGUCAUGCCCACCUGGUGGCUCGCUUUAGUGAUAUUUAUGCUCAAGAACGCUUGGAUGCACAGACCCUUCUGAGGACUUAUAUCGAUGAUCUGGAGAUAGUGCAGAGGAUAAUAUAUGUUGCAGCUGUGGAGUCUUUCCAUGCAGCGAAGAUGGCCUUCAGACAAUUCAAAAUGCGUGUGAGAAAGACUCUGUCUCUAACUCACUCAGGGCCUGAAUCACUUGAAGACACUGUCCUGGAUUAUAUAGUUCGCCAUGAGGAUCUAUAUGAUGUUCAAGCCAGUGUCAAUGAAGUAAUUCGUGCCAUGAAUAUCAAUCCUAAGAUUUCAUUCCCACCAGAAGUUGACUUCAUCAUGAUCAGCAGUUUGAUUCGGGAGUUGUGCCGUGUAGCUUUUUCAAUGCAGACCUUGGUUCCUCCCCUCGAUAUUGCAUUUGGUGCAGAUGGAGAACUUUUUAAUGAGAGCAAAUACCGUCGCAGCUAUGAUUCUGAUUUUACGGCUCCCUUGGUGGUCUAUCAUGUGUGGCCUGCUCUGAUGGAAAAUGAUUCUAUUAUUGUGAAGGGAGAGGCAGUCUCAAAGAGAGGUGCUCUGUGGUCUCGCAGGAGCAGGAGUAAAAGCAGAAGCAGAAGCCGCAGCAUGAGCCCUAUUCUGUCUCAUUCUGCAAGCCCCAGCCGCACCUUGUUACCUCGAAGUCGCAGCCCUUCCCCGAUAAGGAGUGGAAGCCCAAGUAAGUGGGCGUAUUCAGUACACAAUGCCUCCUGGUUUUCACAUUAAGUGCUUGAAAGAUUGAGUAAAGAGAUCAAAUAACACUGUGCACAUCUUUGUCUCUGACACACUUGUGUUGUUUUUAAAAUGAGUGGCCCUUCACUUUUUCAUUUUGUGAAAAGGCCGAUGUUUCUGACUUUUGUAGAGCACCUUCUUUCUCAUCCCUUCCAAACCGUUAUCACAAUGUCUCUGACUGCUAGUUGCCUUUAUGCUAUGGCCAGCCAAGUAUCCCCACAGCUUCCUACAGAACUGUCAUAUAGUAAGUACAAUUUGGCCCCUCUUCGAUGAGAGAAGCAGGCAACUCUAGGACUACUGGCUCUAUACCUACAAAUUCCAAAUGGACUGGCUAUCUGACCAGGAUGAAAUGAGGAAUUUUUCAAAAUUUCAAAUGAAGUCCCUUCUUGAAUCCACUCAGAGUAGUUAUUUAGAAAACUAUUCAUACUGAAAUGUGUAUUUUUCUCCAAUAGGACUUUAAAUUAACUGGAUGUGUUUCUGUGAUUCUGUACAUCCGGAUCAGUCAACUUCAGUGGUGCCUCCUCCUGUGCCAAGAGUACCUCAAACCUCACUUAAGAUAAUGUGAAUGGCAGUUUUGUGUUACUCCAAAGGGAGGGUUAAAUGUUGUUUUCACUUAGCAUGUUUUUAUAAGUUUAGUAGGUUUUUUAUCAUUAUAGAAAUUAAUUGAACCAAUUUGAUAAAAAAAAUUGCAUAGACAUUUAGGAUCAUACUCAUAUGGCAUAGAGUUUACACAGCUCUUAGCAACCCUUGCAGAAAUAGAGCAGCAGAUCUAAGGAUCACAUCUAGAACAUUUUUACCUGAAACGAAAUGAUGCCAUUUAUUUUGACGGCAUAUUUAACAUCACAUGAACAUUACAACUUGUUGAGAUUAGCUGUUACUUGAAAACAAUGUCACUAGAUGGUGCUUAUUUACAUUUCGAGAAGGCAGCCCUAAUCUCAGGAUGUGAAACUCUUAAUUACUUGGGUAGCAUUGUUUUGUCGUUGAUGUAUCAACUGAAGGUGGUCUCUGUUGCCUGACUGAUGAAAUACCAGUAGUUUAUGACUGGCACAUGUGACUACGGCAUUUCAGUCUCCAGGUCUUCAGUUACAUUGAUUUAUGAAAGCACAUAGCUAAUGGGUUGUAUGAAGUGUGCUGGUUUUGGCCAUGGAAUUCACUAUGCUUGUUAAAUUCAGCCUGUUACUGAAGAAAGGAAUCUCACUAGUGGUUGCAAUUUGGACCUUAUUGAUAUUUCAAAAGCGUGUCACUGAACAUUUUGAGGUUUGAAAUACUUGCUUGGGAUGCAUUAACUAUUGAGUAUCUCUUCCAAAUACAUACAGAACACGAUUAGAGCCUCCAUUUGAACACAAUCACAAAAACGUGGCUAUUAAAGACAGUAAUUUGCUGCAUUCUGAAUUAAAUAAUUGAUUAUUUUGGUCUCAGAAGUAUCUUGGUUCUUCUGCCAUUUUAAAGGAUUUCUUGUCCAUUUGUAAAAACUUCAUGUUAAUAUCAGAAUAUUUGUUUCUAAGAGAACUGAUUUUCUUUUUUCUCUCCUGAACCUCAUCUGUAGGGCCAGCCUUAAAUACAAGCAACACAAGUGACUGCUUGGGGCCUUGCUCUUUUACAUAGGAACCUAGGAUGUGUAAUAAUAGAUCUGACCAUUAGUUCAUCAAGUCCAGUAUCUUGUUUCAGUCCAAUACCUGAUGCUUCAGAGGAAAGUGGAAAUUUCCCAUAACUCAGCUUCGCUGUUGUGGAAUGUAAAUGGCUGCAGGCAGGAGGAAUUCCUUCCUGUCCCCUGUUGCAAUCAGCUUAUGCCCCAGAACAUGAGAUUUCAUUACUUUCAUUGUAACAAAAUUCACAAUUGUACACGCUGUUAGUCAUGAAUGUAUUUAACUCUUUAAAAAUUCACCUACAUUCAUUAAUUCCAUGACCUCUCAUAGGGGGCCUUGUGCAGACUUGGUACACUCCCUUCUUCCUCCCCACAACUGUGGGACUGUUUGAGGCUUUACAAACUUUAAGACCGGCCCAGCCCAACUUCACUAUACACUACUGUAACUAUAAUGUCACAAUUGGUGCCUGUAUACACAAACUGUGGGCCUGAUUUAGCUCUGACCCUGGUUUUAUACAUAUGUAAUGUAAGAGUUAUUCCUGAUUUACACCAGGGUGAAAGCUCUAUGGGGGCUGGUAUAUGCAAAAUCAUUUCCACAGGUCCUCAGAAUGAACUGAGAGACACACCGAAAUGGAAAAGGCACUCAGGUACAUGGUGGGCUCUCUUGUUGUCUGUUAAAAUCAAUGCACAUAUGGCCUCUGAAAGGAACAUUUAAAGUAGUUUGUUCCUUCUUAUAGGUUCUUAUAUUGUUAGUUACAGCCAGGGAGCUGAGGUUAGUGUUAUACUGUAUACUUACACAUCAAUCCCUUGAUUAAUAUCGCUACAUAAAUGUCUUGAUUUUGAGCACUUGCAGCACUGAAGUCAGUGAUCAUAAGAAUGGCCAUACUGGGUCAGACCAAAGGUCCAUCUAGCUCAGUAUCCUGUCUUCUGACAGUGGCCAAUGCCAGGUGCUUCAGAAGGAAUGAACAGAACAAGUAAUCAUUGAGUGAGCCAUCCUCUGUGGCCUGAUAUAAUCAGACCCCUUCUUCAGGUGUCUAAAUAUGGAUUUAGGUGCCUAACAGGCCAAGAUGUUCAAAACGGGAUGCCUAAGUAAUCAAUAUCACAGAAUCUAAUAAUUGUUUCAGGCCAAAGAGAGAGGUUUUUGUACUAUUACUGUUCAGGUUUUAUAUAUUAUUUGACUUCCACAUGUUCACUACAAAGACACACUAGAUCACAAUCUCUGUCAUUUGAUACAUAUUGUUCUGACAAGAAGCAGAUUUUCAUAACCUAGUAUUAGAAAAUUAAAUGUCAUACAAAAGAGACACAAACAUAUUUAAUGGCCUGGGAUCCAUGAUUGACCUAGAGACACACCUCAGCAAUACCUUUAGAUGAAGUAUCCCGCAAAGAACUAAAAAUGCAAGUUCAGAAACAAAGAUUUAAAACACUUGAGGACCACAUCAUAUACAGAAUUCACCAAAUGAGCUGACUGAGCACUCUGGUCACUUGUCUCAAAGUAACAGAAAGUUUAAAAGAAUUAAAGUGAGUGCACGCUAGGUUUUGCAGGGAGAAAGUGGCUUCAGAAAUACCUUGGAAAUGUAAAAGUUAAAUAAAAAAUAAGCUUGAUAAACAGUUCUCACUCUCUACCACAUUGAUCUGUGGAGCCAAUAGCAUUUAGCAAGGUGCAUGAUGCCAUUAAGAGAAUGACGUUUUUUUAUUGGGCUUCAUUUCAGGUCAUUUAUAGUCAUUUAAAUUAGUGAGUAGGUCAGACAAGGGAUUUUUUUUUUUAGUGAUGAGUCAGACAUUAACAGGCUAUAUACUGCCCUUUAUCUACAUGCACAACUCCUCCUGACAACAGUGCAAUUUGUACAUGCUGAUCAAUGUCAGUGUAUGAUCCUCUAUGAUUGACUUACAUGUGCAAUAAAGCACAGUGGCCUUAUAAAAAGGGAGCUCUGUAAUUUCUCUCAAGUGCUAAGUGGAAGAAUCACCGUACAGGAAUUGUAUAGCACACAUACAUGUUAAUAAAGUAUUAAAAACCUUCAGGGAGAGCAAAUGUCUUAUAACAAAUCAGUGUAAAUGCCACACCGGUAGUCGUAACAAAAUAAUACAGGUGGCAUAAAUACAGAAAUGUUUGCUGACACGAUUUUUGUAAGCUGCAAAAUGAAUGUGAUCAGUGGGGUUUAUGCUACAAGAUUGUUCCAAUACAGUGUUAUCCAUGAUGUCAGUGAUAAUCCUGAAGUGUUGGGCCAAAUUCGGAGCUGAUCCAAGCCCUGUAUAAUCCCACUCAGAUAAAUGAGAUUGCCUGGGAUGUAAAUCAGCACUUAAUAUGGACCAGUGCAUUUGUGUGGACAUAAUGUAUGUUUUAUAUAAACGUUGUAAUAGCUGAAGAGUUUCCCCUGCAUAUCAGCACUGUCAAAGCUGAUUUUGAA